CCGCAAUUUGUAAUCGCUACAACGAAACGGUAGUUGCUUGUAGUCUGGGUAAUCCCAUGCGAAGAGGUACAGCUGCUCAAGUUUCAAUACGUUUUGAUCCUAGCGGACUAGAACUGGAUGAGCGACAAUUAACUUUUAAUAUAUUUGCUAAUACAACUUCCAAAUUAAUUGGUGAACACAAACCAGAAGUGCAAUUAGACGUUCAUGUCGUAAAGAGAGCCCAGUUAACUUUACAGGGUUGGGCCAGACCAGAACAGAGUUUCUAUAGCGGUGAAGUUAAGCUCGAUAAUUCUAUGAUGCAAAUGGAAGAUGUUGGUUCACAAUUAAUACAUACGUAUCAGAUCUAUAAUGAAGGACCUUGGAAGGCUCCAAAAGUCCAAUUGACAAUAUAUUGGCCUUAUCAGGUGUUCAGUGAAAAGGACAAACGGGAUAAAUGGCUCUUCUAUUUGGAAGAAAUGCCAGUUAUUGAAAACGCGCGACAAGGAGAAUGUUUUGUACCAUCAGAAUAUAUUAAUCCACUAAAACUAACAACCAAAUCGAAAUCCAAUCAGAUUGUUGAUGAUCUUCUCUUAGGACCAGCACCCUUUAUGAUGAGACCAAUGAAUAAGUCCCACUUUGGGCACCGAAGUUUCAUGGAAAAGUCCUCGUACAGCAAACAGAUAAACACCGAAGAAACCUCAUCUCUAAAUCGUCUGAGAAGGGACACAUUAACGAGAAUUAUACGACCAGAAAGAUUUAUGGAUAUAAGAGAUAAUAAAAACAAAAAAAGGGAUAUAGUCGAACUGGAUUGUAACAAGGCCACAGCAAAUUGUAUUAAAAUACAAUGUGAUGUUUACAAUGUGCUACCAGGUGCUGAAAUCUAUGUGUAUGUUAAAGCAAGACUCUGGAAUUCAACAUUGGUUUCCGAACACCCAAGGGCAGAUGCUGUAAGAAUUAUAUCCACAGCUCAUGUACAAAUUCCUCUUGAAUUUAGAGUAGAACAGAAGCGAGCAGUGGAACCAAUUCUUGUGGAAACAAGGGCCUAUCCAGAAUUAAUAGAUCAACAGAGAGAUACUUCACUUCCUUUGUGGAUAAUAAUUCUUGCCAUUAUUGGAGGUCUGCUGGUCUUGGCCCUCUUCACUUAUGCCAUGUGGAAGUGUGGAUUUUUCAAGAGAAGAAGACCUGAUCCCACAUUGAGUGGUAAUUUGGAAAAGAUGAAUGAAGAAAAGCCUUUUUUAAAUUCUAAAAAUAACCAACGAGUUUUCUAACAACAAGGGACUGUUGGGUGGGACCUAUUGCAACAACAAAAACACUCAACGCCUAAGCCACCCAAAAAAUGCUUUGGCAAAACUACUACUACGACUAUGACUGCUAGUGAUAAUAUUGAUUAUGAAAAUAAUUUUAAUCAAAUCAACAACAAUAACAACACCAAUACUACUAAUAAUAACAACUAUUACUACAAUAUUUGUGAUACAAACAUUGAUGAGGCCUGCGUCAUUGAUUGGGGCACAUUGCGCUAAAUACAUACAAUUUAAAAUAUAGGAAUCGAAGUAAAUUAUAUACAUACUUCAUCUGCCAACGACUAAUUAGAGGCAUACAACAAAUUUCAUUAAAAGUUAAUAUUUUUAUAGUUUUUGAAAAAGAUAUUGAACCGAUUGCAAAACUUAGAACGAGGCGGCAACAACAUAGUCCAAAUUUUUUUAUUCAAAUCAGAUGAAUAUUUAAAAAACUUAAAUAUGUAUGUAAAUAAUUUAA